GGAGAAGUCAAAAUCAAGAAGGGACGAGAAACUUAAAAAAACACACACAUGGCAGAGGCGUUGUUUGGCGUUUCACAGACCUUUCUUCUGCUCCAACCCAAAAUCCGAUUCUCCUGCCUAACAAGCGGCAGAGUUCCGGCCCUGCAAUCGCGGUCGUUUAGAACUUCCUUUGGUGGCUCUAAUCUUCUCAGAGCUCACCAUCAUCAGAAGCUACUUUGCACUGCAGUCGUCUCUGACCCCAGAUCCUCUAACACCUUCACUGUCGACUCAGCGACCAAGGAGGUCGACAUUCAAUUGGAUUCCGGCGGUGGUGACGGGAACGGUUUCGGUGAUCGAGGCGACAGCGGCGGAGGCGGAGGCGGUGGUGGUGGAGGUGAUAAUAGUAACCCCAACGAGGGUGAGGGUGAAGGCGAAUCGCACGAAAAUAGCAAAAAUAAGAUGGCUUUGUCAAUGUCUCAGAAAUUAACUCUUGGGUAUGCUGCCCUUGUUGGAGUGGGUGGUCUUAUGGGCUAUUUAAAGAGUGGCAGCCAGAAGUCGUUGUUGGCAGGGGGAAUAUCAGCCACGCUACUCUAUUACGUUCAUACUCAGCUUCCCACUAACCCUGUGUUUGCAUCAUCUCUGGGACUUGGCUUGUCUGCUGCGUUACUGGUAGUGAUGGGUUCUCGUUUUAAGAAAUCAGGGAAGAUCUUUCCGGCUGGUGUCGUAUCCCUUGUCUCGUUUGUAAUGACUGGUGGCUACUUGCAUGGGAUCCUACGUAGUGCUCACUGAAAACUGCUUAAUGUAACUGGUGGUAGUGACUUGUCAAAGUGCUAUACUAAGCUAGUUUCUGUGAUCAGUGUUUUUGGCAUGUAGACUUGUUUUAAGGAAUAUCGUUUCUGUUGGAAUAAAUUUGUCUCGGCUCCUAUUGAUGAA